AUGAAGCAAGACAAAGCAGACUUUGUGGACGAUUUAGUCGAAGACGGCAACGUCAGAGAAGAAAUUCAAGAGCAAUUGUCUUGGAGUCGACAGUUUGCCGAGCUGAAGCAGUCAUACCGGAAUGCACUCGCUUGUUUCGCUUGUGCUUCCGUCGCCAUCGUUAUUGGAUACGACAUGAACCUCAUUGGGUCAAUCAUUGCUAAUAAGGAGUUCGUUAAACAAUUUGGGGUCUUCAAUAAGGAACACCAAGUUUGGACACUUCCGGCAGAUCGACAGUUGGCGUGGACUAUUUGCCAGUUCUGUUCUGCAAUGCUGGGCGCAGUUAUCGUGGGGACAGCCAGCGAUCGCUUCGGCCGUCGCAUUUGCGUCUUCAUCAACAUUGCGUUAUUGAUCAUCGGUACGGUCGUCGAGCUUGUGGCUCCCAAUUGGGGUGUUUGGUCCGUUGCAAAGGUUAUCUUCGGAUUUGCCAUGGGAUUCAUGCAGGGAAACACGCAAACAUACGUGGCUGAAAUAGCCCAUGUUCGGAUUCGUGGUUUCAUGCUGGCUCUAUUCCAGUUCUGGCUCAUAAUCGGGGUGUUUCUAUCCUCGUGUGUUCUGGAGGGCACGUCCAGAAUCUCUGGCACCUGGUCAUGGAAAGCAGAUGUUGUCUCCCAGUUUGGCAUUGGCUUGAUCAGCUUGUCGCUUUUCACAUUCCUAACGCCGGAGUCACCCUACUACCUCGCAGGAAAGGGUGAGACCGAAAAGGUCAAAAUGGUUCUCUGUAGCCUUCGUGGCAAGGAGCCUGGGUACAUUGUUGAAGCUGAUGUUGAUCUCAUCAUGCGAACCAUCGAGCACGAGAAGUCAACAAGCGGAGCAGAAGUGUCUUUUAUGGACUGCUUCAGAGGGGUGGACUUGCGGCGAACCCUGCUUGCCUGUUUACCCAUGGUCAUGCAACAAUUUUCAGGUUGGUCCCCCUUUCCUCUCCAGUACACUGGCUCUCUAACUAACUCGUUCAAAUCAGGAUGGCCUCUCUGCGGCAACUACCUUACAUACUUCUUGGCACUAGCUGGCCUGGAGGACGCCUUCCUUGUCACAGUGAUUGCGAACGUCCUUUCAAUUUUCGCUGUCCUUCUUUCUUUCUCUCUGGUGGAGAAGAUUGGACGACGUCCACAAUUACUGCUGGGUCUUUCGGGUAUGAUUCCCUGCUUGCUGGCCAUCACCAUUCUAGGCUGGGUCGGUCGCGGUACCCUAGCCAAUGGGCGGGCGCUGGCAGCCUUUUCUAUCGUUUGGACCAUUCUGUACUACAUUUCCUUGGGCGCCAUCGGAUGGACACUUGUUGGUGAGAUCCCGUCUGUUCGGUUGAGAGCCAAGACCACAUCGAUUGCAACCAUUACGAAUGCGGUGUGCAACCUGGCAUGGGCGGUGGCCAUUCCCUAUCUCAUCAAUGAGGAAGAGGCCGAUCUCGGCCCCAAGGCGGGAGUUGUGUUCUUGGGCCCUGCUUGUGUUCUAACCGUCAUGGCCUUUUUUGUUGUUCCGGAGACGAAAGGCAAGACUUUUGCUCAGCUCGAUCGCUUGUUUGAGCUUCGUACACCGGCACGCAAGUUCUGA